AUGGAUCAGUGUUGGGUGCACAAUUAUUACCCUGAAACAAAGCUUCAAAGUAAACAAUGGAAGCACGGAAACUCACCCGUGCCAAAAAAGGCCAAGGCUCUGCCGUCAUCAGGCAAGGUCAUCCUGAGCGUCUUCUGGGACUGCCGUGGUGCUCUUCUCACAGAUUACUCCAGCAAAGGCCAAACUAUUACAGCAAAGUACUAUUGCGAGCUUCUCACCAAGCUGCGAGGUGCUAUCAAGGAGAAGCGUAGAAGAAAGCUCACGAAAGGCGUCCGUCUGCACCAUGACAAUGCGCCGACUCACUUAGCACAUGUGACGGCGGCGCAUUCAGGCUCCUUAGGCUACGAAAUUUUACCUUACCCGCCAUACUCACCUGACCGCCCACCAAGUGACUUCUUCCACUUCCCUCGCAUGAAGAGCACAGUGCGUGGGAAACAUAUUCGGGAUGACGGAGAAGUCAUCACUCAAGUCGAGCUCUUCCUGAACUCUCAAAAUGAAGAGUUCUACCGCACCGGACUGCGGCAGCUCAUGCAUCGUUGGCAGAAGUGCGUGACUUUGGGAGGAUUUUAUGUAGAGAGGUAUUAA